UAAGACAAAGUCAGAGGAUAUCAAGUCAUUGGAUAGAGUGGAUGUAAAUACUGAUAUGCUCUAUCAAGAAGUUUGCAUUGAAAGUCAAUUACUCUUUAAAUCUGAUGACUGUUUAAAUGAGAUGGAAAAAAGUGAAUAAAAAAUGUAAGCUGUUGAGAUAUGUCAGCUAGACCUGAAUUUCGAGAUGUGUUGGAUCAAAUUACAUUUGGUUUAGUUGGCUCACUUGAGAAAAAAGAUGAUGUUACUAACGUCCGUGUGGUUGAUUGUGGUUCAGCCAGAAAAAAAUUUAUUGAUGCUUGGGAGGAGACAAACUCUUGUAAGUUGCCAGCAGAUUUGAAAGCUUUCUACUUAACAAUGAAUGGUAUCUUGAUACAAUGGAGCACCAAUUUGAAUGGUCACAUAGUGCAAGUUGGAAGUGUGGAGAUAAAUCCAAUCGAAUCGUUAAAUCUUCUUUCUGAAGCCAGAGCUGUGGGUGGGGAUGAUGACGUUGGUUUAAAAGACAUCGACACUGAGGACGAUGUGUUUGAUAAAGAAGGCCAUCGUAAACCACAUUUUCAUGAAAAGUGCUUCGAGUUAAGUUCAGAGGAAUUGUAUGGGAAAGUCUGUUUGGUGUUCAAAGAUUCAAAAUCAGGUAUAAGUGGUUGGCAAUACUUGUUCACUGAAGUUGGUUUAAGUCCUGAAUCCAAGUAUUUGUUCACCUUGUACCUUCCACAACGUGCUGGUGACAAAGAAGACCUGGAACCGACAGAAGUUAACAAAAUAGACUUUGACACCAUUUUUAAAAGUAAACACCAUGACAAAAGAAAGACUGAUGUUGCUAAGACAACAAAAAAUUCUAACACGGGAAAGCUUAAAUCAGGCCGGACUGGAGUGUUUAAGUCAUCAUUUAAAAACACAUUUAAGUAAAUACGCAAUACGAAUAUUUAUUAAUAUAUUAUAAUAAACAAAAUAAUAUAUUGUAGGAAUAUAAAAUUGUACAGAAAAUAGUAAGUUCAAGACACUUUAUAUAACCUUCAUUUUGUAAAGAAGUAAAGGCGUACCCUUUACUUAGUAGCUAAUUCUUUCAAUGACGAUUUUACACCACUAA